AUGAUGAAAAUUCCUUUCCUAUUGGCAAUUAUAACUAUCGGAUUAGUUACCGAGACUGCAGCAUAUAACUGUCGGUUUACUGUAUACAACCAACCUGACUGCAAAGGGGAUGCCUUGUACCUGGGUACGUCAGAUGGUACAAGUGACGACCUGACAGACUGGAUAAAGAUUGACAUCGGCCUGGAUCUACAACAAGGCUCCGUCGGUUACGACGUAGUUGAAAAUUAUGGAAUAUGUGGUUCAGGGAGCACUAAUGAGAAUUACUGCGAUCAGUUCUCAACCGAUGGAUGCUCAGCAAAGGGUGGUGCCUGUGCUGCUCCUCCUGUUUUGGGAAGUUUCAAGUUCCAGAGGUGGUCAUGUGGUAAAUGUGGGACUUGA